CUAAAAACCUACCCUGAAUCCUUACACCUGCACCGGCCAUCUUGGGACCCAUCCUGAAGUCAAACUGACACCUACACCGGCCAUCCUCGGGCGCGGCCUAAAUCCGAAUUUACAUCUGCACCGGUUCCAUGGCCGGACAUACCGAGUUCGAGCAGUCGCUACCAGCCGCACCUCUGUGCACCACGCGCAGCAUGGGUAUCUCCAGAUCACCAUACAACCGGCCCCGAAGUUCCAUCUCCAUGCUCAUAUCCCAGCCAUCGAUCAUGUGCAUGCACGGCGGCGCCCUCCAGAACAUCAUGGCCGCGUGCAACUGGCUCCUGGCGCUUUUCCCCAAGGUUUUUGUGACUACCGUGAUGACAUGGGCCGAAUACGGCCUGGUGCUGGAACUUCACCGGUACCACGGCACGUCCCCGGUGUUUUUCGUGGCCGCGGCGCCGCUCGUGGCGCUCUAUCUGCUCGCCACAUACACGUAUUUCCAGGUGAUCCGGGUCGGCCCCGGGUCGCCGCGCGAUUUCGCCGAGCUCGGCAAGGAUCCACGCGAUCAGCACGAGGAAUCCCCUUCCGACAGCGAAACGGCACGUGAAACCGACCGGCUUGCGCAGGCCGAAGGCGGGCGUCUGCGGUUCCCGCCGCAGGAGUUCCUCGUGAGCCACCAGUUGCGCACCGGCGAGCCGGCGUUUCGCUGGUGCAACACCUGUGAAGUGUGGAAGCCCGACCGGUGCCACCACUGCUCCACGUGCCAGAAAUGCUUCUUGCGCAUGGACCACCACUGCCCGUGGUUCGCGUCGUGCAUCGGCCACAACAACCACAAGUUGUUCAUCCAGGACUUGGUGUACGUGGCGGCAUUCAGCGGCGCGGUGUGCGUGGUCUCGCUGUGGCUGCUCUAUGUGUUUUUUGCCGAGGCGCAGUACGAGAACCACCGGUACCUCUCGCUCAACGUGGUGUUUUUGUUUGUGGUGCUGCUCGUGUUUUUCCUUGCCGUGGGCUGCUUCGCCGUGUUCCUGGUGUACAUGGUGCUCCGCAACUACACGACCAUCGAGUUCCAGGACGCCAAGUGGGGCUAUCAGGGCAAGCACGACGCGCAGUACGAGUUUGACGGCCGCGGCCAGAAAAAGGCGCUAGGCCACCUAUACGACUUGGGCGCCGCGGCCAACUGGCGCGCCGUGAUGGGCGACACCUGGGUGCAGUGGCUCUUGCCGGUGGGCGUGACCGACUCCUCCAGCGUGCACGCGGCGAAAAACGGCCUCAAUUUCGAGGUCCGCGACGACGUGUUCCAGAAGUACCGCCACAACGCCCAGUUGCAGGAGCAAUUGAAUGCCCAGCUCGCCGACUACCGCGACCGAGUGCGGGGGAAGCGGCAGGCCCUGGGGGAGUAGUAGGUCUCGGGGAAGCGGGCUGAUUCUUUUGGAAGUGAAAGAGGCCAAUUCUUUUGGAAGAAGGGCUGAUUCUGUUGGAAGUGAAACAGGCAGAUUCUUUUGGAAGUGAAAAGGCCGAUUCUAUUGGCAGUGAACGAGGCCGAUUCUUUUGGCAGUGAUAGAGGCCGAUUCUUUUGGCAGUGGAGAGGCCGAUUCUUCUGGAAGUGAAAGAGUCUGAUUCUUUUGAAACUGAAAGAGGCCGAUUCUUUUGGCAGUGGAGAGGCCGAUUCUUCUGGAAGUGAAAGAGUCUGAUUCUUCUGGAAGUGAUAGAUGCCGAUUCUCCUGGAAGUGAAAAGGCCCAUUCUUCUAGAAGUGAAACAGGCCGAUU